CGAAUCACAAAGCCUUAAAGCGAGAGACAAAGAAAAGACUGUCCGUUGCCGCUUUGCGUGAAUAUCUGCCGCUAAUCGCACAAACCCCAAACGCGCGUGAAGGCUGCAUAAGCUCGAAGAGGCGAGAUUCAUCGACGAUUCCGCACCGGAGAUCUCAGAUUCGCGUCGGAGUUGGAGACCUCAGAAAAGUCCGUAGAGCGAUCGAUUCUGCUCAUUCCUCCUCUCUCUCUCUCUCUCGUCCGUGAAGUGUGAUUUCAGAGGAAGAUGAAGAAAGAUGAGAAGAAGAAGGUUUCAACGGGAAGGACCAUUUGCACCAGAUCUUCAGCGGUAGCUUCUGCGUCUACACUACUAGAAACCACUCCUUUGAGGAGGUCAACCCGGGGAACACCGUCUACGUCUACUAAGCCAAUAACUCCAGCUUCUAGUAUCAGAAGGUCUGGGAGACUCGCUUCCUCACCUGCUUCAGUUACUAAAAUUUCUGGUAGAAUUGAGAAGAAGCCCGCAGCAAGUCCCUUGGGAAGGUCUAGUAAGGGAAAGACUGUACCUUCGGAGAAGAAUCCAAAAGGGUCAUCGGAGAAGCCUGAUAGGAAUGCAAACGCUUCGUCGUUGGGUGUUGAGGAGAGUAAUGGCAAGAAGAUAGACAGAGUAGAAGAGUCGACAGAUGAGAUCAAGAAACGGAAGGAUGAAAUGACAGCUCGAAGUCUCAGGGCCUUGUGUAGAGGGCAUCUCAAGACGGGAUCUAAUGCUUCUUCGAAUGAUGAGGAACUAGUAGUGGUUGGUUGUUCUCGCCGAGUACCUGCGGAGAAUGAUGAUGCUAGAGACGAUAACAGUCCACCACAUGCGAAUUCAGGAUCAAAAGGACUGCCGGUUGGAGAUUUUAGUUUAGAGAAGGGACCUGAUUUUCCUAUGGAACUAACUAGGGAUACAGAAAAGACCGUGGUUGAUUCAUCCCCCAUGGUUGAAACUGGGGAUGACAGUGUUAUAGGUUCACCAUCUGAGGAUCCUGAACCACAAAAGCUUCGUGACAGUGAAACUAGCUUGGAAACCGGCAUAGACUUGGCUCUGAAAAGAAAAAGAGACACUGCGGAAAAUGAUGAUGCUAGAGACGUCAACAGGCCACCACAUGCGAAUUCAGGAUCAAAAGGGUUGCCGGUUGGAGAAACGGGUUUAGAGAAAGGCUCUGAUUUUCCUGUGGAAGUAACUAGGGAUAUAGAGAAGACAGUGGUUGAUUCAUCCCCCAUGGUUGAAAGUGAAGAUGGCAGUGUUAUAGGCUCGCCAUCUGAGGAUCCAGUACCACAAAAGCUUCGUGACAGUGAAACUAGAUUGGAAAUCGACAUAGACUUGGCUCUGAAAAGAAAAAGAGAUACUGUGGAAAAUGAUGAUGCUAGAGACGGCAACAGUCCACCACUUGCGAAUUCAGGAUCAAAAGGGUUGCCGGUUGGAGAAACGGGUUUAGAGAAAGGCUCUGAUUUUCCUGUGGAAGUAACUAGGGAUAUAGAGAAGACAGUGGUUGAUUCAUCCCCCAUGGUUGAAAGUGAAGAUGGCAGUGUUAUAGGUUCACCAUCUGAGAAUCCAGAACCACAAAAGCUUCGUGACAGUGAAACUAGCUUGGAAACCGACAAAGACUUGGCUCUGAAAAGAAAAAGAGACACUGCAGAAAAUGAUGAUGCUAGAGACGGUAAUAGUCCACCACAUGCGAAUUCAGGAUCAAAAGGGUUGCCGGUUGGAGAAACUGGUUUAGAGAAAGGCUCUGAUUUUCCUGUGGAAGUAACUAGGGAUAUAGAGAAGACAGUGGUUGAUUCAUCCCCCGUGGUUGAAACUGAGGAUGGCAGUGUUAUAGGUUCACCAUCUGAGAAUCCAGAACAACAAAAGCUUCGUGACAGUGAAACUAGCUUGGAAACCGAUAUAGACUUGGCUCUGAAAAGAAAAAGAGACACUUCAGAAAUUGUGAUGGAUGCAUGUACAAAUGCAGAUGACCGCAUUAUGAGUACUGAUGGGGUUAUUCCUUUUCCACCCGUGUGCACAAAUAUUAAUCAACCCGAAAGGUGCGGCACAUGUCAAAAACGGCAAAAGGUUAAUGAUAAUUUUGAAGAUCUCAGUGUUUGCUCCUGCAUUGCUCAGCCAGUUCAAGGAUCUGAUCAGGUGGCACAGGAUAUCAAGGAAUGCGGACCCGCUACAAGCAAAGACUAUGGGGAGAACAGGCAGAAGAUGCAACAAGAUAAAUCAUUUGAUCCCAAAUUGUUAUCGAUUUACACCGAGUAUUGGGUUCCAGUGCAGCUAUCAGAUGUACAGGUGGAGCAAUACUGUCGGACUCUCUUCUCCAAUUCUUCAUCUCUUUCUUCGAUGUUGAAGAAUGAUCUUGUUGGAGAAACUCUCACUUCUGUAAGGAAAACCUGUGACCACCCAUAUGUUGUGGAUGUAUCUUUGAAACAACUUCUCACCAAGAAUCUGAAGUUGCAUGAAAUCCUGGAUGUAGAAGUCAAAGCAAGCGGGAAACUUCCCCUACUUGGUGCAAUGCUUACUCAGAUAAAGGCAAAGGGUUUAAAAGCAGUUGUCUUCUACCAGGCAACACAUAGCCCUGAGGGGCUUCUGCUUGGUAAUAUUCUCGAAGAUUUUCUGAUGCAAAAAUUUGGUCAAAAUUCCUAUGAGCAUGGGGUCUGCCUCUCGAAGAAGAACGCUAUAAACAAUUUCAACAAGGAGAGUGAGUGUUUUAUUCUGCUGCUGGAAAUACGUGCCUGUAGUCAAAGCAUUAAACUCUUACGCGCUGAGUCUUUUAUACUUUUUGGAAGCAGCCUGAAUCCAUCGCAUGACGUUAAGCUCUUAGAGAAGAUAAAGGUUGAGUCGUGUUCUGAAAGAACUAAGAUAUUCCGGUUGUACUCAGUGUUUACAGUUGAAGAAAAAGCCCUGAUUCUGGCUAGGCAAAAUAAGCCUCUAGAGAACCUAAACCGUCCUCUCACACAUGCACUGCUCAUGUGGGGGGCAUCAUAUUUAUUUGAUAAGCUGGAACACUUCCAUGGGAGUGGAACCCCAGGUUCAGGAGUUCCAUUUGAACAGUCUAUUAAGGAUGCCGUGAUUCAGGAAUUCUCGUCCAUACUUUCUUCCGAUGUUGGAGAAGAAAAUGAAGGCAAGCUGUGUCUACUUUUGGAGGCCAGGCAUGCUCAGGGAAGUUACAGCACUGAUGCUACUCUAUUUGGUGAAGAACAUGUCAAGUUAUCAGAUGAAAGUCCAAAUAUGUUUUGGUCAAAGCUGUUGAGUGGAAAGAACCCUAUGUGGAAAUACUGUUCGGAUACUCCUCAAAGGAGUCGAAAAAGAGUACGGCAUCUUCAGGGCUAUGAGGAGACUACCAAAGUUGGCAAUGGCGGAAACUUAAAGAAGAAAAAGAAGGCUUCAGAUGAUGUCACAGUAGAUAACGCUGAAAGAAAAGCCUCUGGGAAGGAUCACAUGGGGCAUUUGGAGUCACCAGACGUUGCAACACUCAAGUCAUCACGUGGAUCUGCUUCUGGUACUUAUGACUCGUUGACUGGAAAUGAUGCUACUGGCUUGUAUUCUUUGGGCAGUCAUAUCUCUGGAGUCCCAGAGGAUAUGUUAGCUGGCAUUGAUUGGCGACAAAUUCCGCAUGAGUCACAGAGGAGUCUCUAUGCUGUUUUAAAGCCGAAGAUGGCAAAACUUUGUCCUUCAGAAGAUUCGGCAAGCAUAGCUGAAAAGUUUCUUGAAUAUAUUAUUGAACACCACCGUGUUUGCACAGAGCCAGCCACCAUAUUGCAGGCUUUCCAGAUAGCCUUGAGUUGGAUUGCAGCCUCGCUCGUAAAGCAAACGUGUAACCGCGAAGAAUCUUUGGUACGCGCAAAAUCGGAAUUAGGUUUCAGUUGCUCUGAAGAAGAGGUAGAUUAUAUAUAUUCUCUUUUGUGCUGCAUGAAGAGUAUAUUCCUGGGGCGCACACAAAGUUUGCAGUUGGAUUGCUUGGGUACUAAUUCUAAGCUAGCGAAGGUGAAUGAAAGUCUCUCAGGGGAUAUAGUGCGUCAGGAACGGAGUAACACAAAAUCGAUGCGUAGCUCAGUAACAAAAGAUGUCGAAAAGACUAUUAGCGACAUCAAAAAUAAAUGCAGUAAGAAACUGCAGGAGCUUGUACAAAUCCACGAGGAAAAAAAGGUGGAUCUGAUGAAUAGGAGUGCUGACAAGGAGCAGGAACUUCAAAAUGGGAAAAAGCUGGAAGUAUUAUAUAUUCGUGUCACUUGUUCAGGGUUAAGUUCGCAGAGCUUACUAGAUAAUCUUCAACGGGUGGAAGAUGAUUUUGAAAGAAAGAAUGAUGAUCUCAAAAUAGAGAUGAAUGACUGCCUCAAAAAACUAGAGGGAAUGCACGAGGCUGAAAAGAAGAAGUUGGCUGAGGAUGAAGCCUACUGGAUUAGUCGGAUAGAGAACUGGGCACAGGCACAAGCUGAAUUAAUAGAUUGCGCUCCCAUUCAAAGUGGAAACAACAAGCAUCUUAGUGGAUUACGCUCAUCGAACACUUCCAAAAAUACUCCUGAUGUACAAACUUGCAAUGAUGCCAGCGGUGAAGCUACUUAUGCUGAUACAAGUUCCAUGGUUGCCAAGAAAAACCAAUUGCCAGAAGCAGAAAGCACAUUAAGAACCAUGUCAGGUGGCAGCACUCAACAAGUUCAUGAUAUUGUGGCUUCAAGAAAUGACAAGGCGUUGGAUAUCUCGCCCUUGUCUCAUGAACAGCCUACGGACAAUGUGGCUACAAAGAGCCAGCCCAAUGAGCUCGCUUCUCUUAGUGCGCCUGAGAUUUUGAUUCCAGCUGGCUGUCAAGAGGAAUCUGGGGUCUUGAACGUGCAGUCGUCAGACUAUCCGAAUUGCGUCAGAGUUACAUCAGCGACACCAAAUGAAGAUGUACCCUCAAGGGUGGCAGAGAUAUCCCAGUCUGUUGCAAAUCUUGCAAAGUCUGCCUCUCUUGAGUCUUGGUUGAAUAGAGAGGAGGCUUUGGUUUCAAUAGAAAAUGAUAAAACUAUUCGUUCGGGCUCUGAUACUGAUAACAUUUUUGACCACCAGUAUGAGGAAGCUUGUUCUCUUUACAAGGAGAUUCCUGACGAGUUGGUGUCGCGUAUACCUCACCCUGCGCCUGUGCUAAAGACUAGGGAUUCUGCUGAAUCUCAUCAGGGUGAUGACGAGAUAUGUCCUGUGCCUUCUUCACCGACUGGACAGCAACCUGACCCAGCAGAAAAAAAUCAGGGCAAGAAUGUUGAAGCAUCAAUCGAGUCUCAGCUAGCUGUUUCAGAAUCAGUAGAGACUGGCGGUUUUGCUGCAUUCGAGCAGGGUGAUCAAGUUGCAUGUCCGUUGCCAUCUUCACCGACGGGAAACCAGCCUGACUCAGGCGCAAACGUUGAGAGCCAAAAUAUCAGCACUUCAGAAGAGCCACACAAUGCUGGUCCAGGUGUAGUAGAGACUGGUGUCACCGCAGUAUCAGACCAGGAAAUAAUGGGUGCUCAGGAUCUAUGCUCUCUGCCAACUCCACUGAUUGGAACUCAGGCUGACCUAGCAACUAACACUGAGGGCCAAAAUAUUAUAACAGUGGCUCAGCUUCAUACAGCUGGAUCAGAUGCCGUAGAAACUAGUCGGGAUGCAUCUCCAUUACCAGUUUCUUCGCCUGGAAAUCAAUCUGAGGCAGCAGUUAGCACUGAGGGCUUAAAUAACAACACAACAAUGGCUGCGCCUCGCACAACUGGAUCAGAUGCAUGUGUAAUGGGAGUAGCAGUACCUGAUGCCCAAGUAGAACAAUCAACCUUUGCAAAUAACGUUGAACCCCUUGUCCAUGAAGUUGUUACGGAGCCUUCAGCAGGUGUAACAGCUCCUGUUCCAUCACAUCUUAACAGUGGUACGGGGCAGAAUGCCACUCCACCUGUUCCUCAAAUACCUUUCCCUGUGUUCAGUGACCCAUUUCAGCAUGAACUGGAGAGGCUGCGGAGAGAAUCAGAGAACACAAAGAAGACUUAUGAAGAAAAGAGAUCAGUUUUAAAAGCUGAAUUCGACAGGAAGAUGGCUGAACUGCAAGCUGAGUAUCAAAGAAAGUUUCAUGAGGUAGAAGCUGAGCAUACAGCGAAAGCGACAAAGCUACAGACGAGCAAGAAUUUUGUUAUAAUGAACAAGCUGUUGACGAAUGCGUUCUUGUCUAAAUGUGCGAGCAGAAUGGAAUCUCAUCCGUCCGCAGCUCCAAGGGGUAGAAUUCAGCAGCUAGCACAGAGAGCAGUACAAAUGAGCGCACUGAGGAAUUAUUAUACAGCUUCGGCUCCUGCUCCUCUGCAGCCUCAUGCAUCUUCAGUUUCUCGCUCACCAUACCUUCCUCCGAGUUCCACGCACUGCCCAAUGCCUCAGCCAAGACAGCCUCUCAUCUCUAACCCAGCUCCAUCUUUUUCAGCUUCUCCUGCAAGUGCAACUAAUGUAGCUGUCAAUGGAAGACUAGUUUCUCCUGUACUGCCUUUAAACUCAUAUAGGUCAUCAUCCUCUUCAGUUCCCAUCCCCAUGACAACUACUCCAACCUCAUCAGCUGUUCAUCAAGCUUUAACAUAUUCCUCUUCAGUUCCCAUCCCCAUGACAACUACUACAACCUCAUCAGUUGUUCCUGAAGCUUUAACAUAUUCCUCUUCAGUUCCCAUCCCCACUACUCCAACCUCGUCAGUUGUUCCUCAAGCUUUAACGUAUUCAAGUGCGUUAACUCAGCAGCAAGAACAGCAACAGCAACAGAACAUGGGAAGUGGAUCGCAGAGGAGCGGUGAUGUGGUCUGUCUCUCUGAUGAUGAGUGAUGUAAUCUUGUGAUGUUUAGCGUAUAAUAAUGAUUGAUUUAGAGUUGUUUAACCUAAUAUUAUAUGUAUAAUUAGUAGGAUUUCCUAUAACUUAAACUUAUGGAAUCAAAUUCAGUGAGGGACACGGUUCCCCACGGUUUUCUUGAA